AUGGUGGGUAACGUGGCGGUCGGCAGCGACCACCCCAUCCGCGUGCAGACCAUGACCACCUCCGACACCAAGAACGUGCAGGCCACUGUCGAGGAGGUGAUGCGCAUCGCGGAUCGCGGCGCGGAGAUCUGCCGCAUCACGGUGCAGGGUCGCAAGGAGGCGGAGGCGUGCGAGCAGAUCAAGAACAAGCUGGUGCAGGCCAAAGAACUCGUUACGCACAUGCCCUCAUCGUUCCUCCCUUGUGCGCCUGCCCUCCUCUGUCUCCCCGUGCGCAUGCCCUCCUCUGUCUCCCCGUGCGCAUGCCCUCCUCUGUCUCCCCGUGCGCCUGCCCUCCUCUGUCUCCCCGUGCGCCUGCCCUCCUCUGUCUCGCCGUGCGCCUGCCCUCCUCUGUCUCCCCGUGCGCCUGCCCUCCUCUGUCUCCCCGUGCGCCUGCCUCCCCGUGCGCAUGCCCUCCUCUGUCUCCCCGUGCGCCUGCCCUCCUCUGUCUCCCCGUGCGCCUGCCCUCAUCUGUCUCCCCGUGCGUCUGCCCUCCUCUGUCUCCCCGUGCGUCUGCCCUCCUCUGUCUCCCCGUGCGUCUGCCCUCCUCUGUCUCCCCGUGCGUCUGCCCUCCUCUGUCUCCCCGUGCGCCUGCCCUCCUCUGUCUCCCCGUGCGCCUGCCCUCCUCUGUCUCCCCGUGCGCCUGCCCUCCUCUGUCUCCCCGUGCGUCUGCCCUCCUCUGUCUCCCCGUGCGUCUGCCCUCCUCUGUCUCCCCGUGCGCCUGCCCUCCUCUGUCUCCCCGUGCGUCUGCCCUCCUCUGUCUCCCCCCUCUCCCCACGCCACCUCCUUCAUCCCCUCCACCACUUUCCCCCCCUCCCCUUUUCCCCGCAACCCCUCCGCAGCUACAAUAUUCCGCUGGUGGCGGACAUUCACUUUGCGCCCACCAUCGCGCUGCGCGUCGCGGACUGUUUCGACAAGAUCCGCAUCAACCCCGGCAAUUACGCGGACACGCGCGCGGUGUUCAAGACGGUGGAGUACACGGACGAGAGCUACCAGCAGGAGCUGGAGCACAUUGACGAGAGUCGACUGUACGGAGGACGCAUGAGAGAUGGCGAGAGAUCAGAGCAGAACACGGAUGAGAGCCACUGGCAUGAGCUGGCGCACAUAGAUGCGGCGAGGCGAGCAGAGGCGAAGAGGGCGAGCGGGUCCAACGGGAACAUAGAUGAGAGCUGCCGGCUGAAGCUGACGUGCAUAGAUGAGGUGCGGCGAGCAGAGGCAGAGGAAAGCGGGGGGAUUUCUUGUGUGAGGAGGAUAGGACGCAUGCGAGGUGGGUGGGAGCGAACGACCAGAGCAUGCGAGGUGGGUGGGAGCGACCAGAGCAUGGGGGUGGUUGGGGCUGAUGGCCGAGGUGUUUUCCAACCUGGUGCUCAAGUGCAAGCUACUGUGCUGUGCAGCAUUGCCAUCACAUCACAUGACACAUGCACUGCUCCUCAUCUGCUCAUCUCUUCGUUUGUUCAUCUGCAUUUGCACUGGGUGUUCUCCAAGCUAGUGCUCAAGUGCAAGCAGCUGGGGCGCGCCAUGCGCAUCGGCACCAACCACGGCAGCCUCUCCGACCGCAUCAUGAGCUACUAUGGCGACUCGCCACGUGGCAUGGUGGAGUCCGCGCUGGAAUUCGCGCGCAUCUGUCGCAAGCACGACUACCACAACUUCGUGUUCUCCAUGAAGGCCAGCAACCCCGUCGUCAUGGUGGCCGCCUACCGCCUGCUGGCAGCGCAGCUGAGGAGUGCGGGGCCGGACUGGAACUACCCUCUGCACCUGGGAGUGACUGAGGCCGGGGAGGGCGAGGACGGCCGCAUGAAGUCCGCCAUUGGCAUUGGCGCGCUGCUGCAGGACGGCCUAGGCGACACCAUUCGAGUGUCGCUCACGGAGGCUCCAGAGGAGGAGAUUGAGCCGUGCUCUGCUCUCGCUAACUACGGCAUGCGCGCCGCCAAGCUCGGCAAGGGUGUGGUGAGUUUCAGCAAGUGGGCCAGGCUCGUUCAUCUGCGCACGGUCAUGGAGGACUUUGAGGAGAAGCAUCGCAGCUACUUUGAGUUCUCCCGCCGAUCCGGCCAGCUGCCCCUGCAGAAGGAGAAGAAUGAUCGGCAGUUGCUGCUUCCUUCAUUUCCAUCCCUCCUUCCUCCUCUCCUCCAUUUUGCCUCUCAUCCUCACCUCCCCUCCUCUCAUCUCCUCUCGUCCUCUCCUUCUCUCCUCCGAUCCUCCUCUCCUCCCCUCCUCCCCUCCUCUCCUCCCCUCCUCCCCUCCUCUCCUCCCCUCCUCCCCUCCUCUCCUCCCCUCCUCCCCUCCUCUCCUCCCCUCCUCCCCUCCUCUCCUCCCCUCCUCUCCUCCCCUCCUCCCCUCCUCUCCUCCCCUCCUCCUCCUCCUCCUCCUCCUCUCCUCCUCUCCUCCCCUCCUCCUCCUCCUCUCCUCCCCUUCUCUCCCCUCCUUCUUCCCUCCUCUCCCCUCCUUCUUCCCUCCUCUUCCACUCCUCUCCUCCUCUCCUCGCACCAGGGAGACGCUAUUGACUUCAGGGGGAUGCUGCACCGUGAUGGAUCUGUGCUCAUGUCCGUUGAUGCUGCCAUGCUCAAGCGUAAACCUCCAAUUUCCUCGUCUCUCUCAACCCACCAGAACCCUGAGGCUCUGUACCGUGCUCUGGCGUGCAAGAUGGCUGUCGGCAUGCCCUUCAAGGUGCACACCUCCCCACCUCCCCUUCCCCCUCCUGCACUCACUUCCUCUCGCACUCACUCCUCUCACCGCUCUCCCUCUUCCACUGCCUCCCAUUCCAGCCACUCCUCCCCACUCCCACCCCUCUCUGUCUUCUGUCACACCCCGUCAGUUCCCCACACUCCCCCAGCAUUCUUGCAAGUGUGUUCUCUUCUCGUCCACUAUAGAUCUCUACCUUUCUACCUCCCUUCCACUUCCUCGUUUGGGCACAUAUUGUCUGCUCAUUCUGUGCUUCCCUGCACCACUCUCUACCCCUCUGGACAGCUCUCUCCCCUUCUACCAACCGUAUCUUGUCUAAGCACCGCUCCCAUCCCCUCUGCACCUCUCUCCACCCAUCCCCCCUUUUCUAUGACCACAUUGAAGGCAUUGCAUUCCCUUUUUCUCCUCAGCGUCUCUCUCCACCACUCUACACCUCUCUCCAUCCCUUGUCCCUUGCUUCAGGAUCUGGCGACAGUGGACAGCAUUCUUCUCCGCCAGGCCCCAGCUGCUGACGACAAGGAAGCUUCCAAGCCUUUGAGUGGCAGUGAUGAGAGCCGUUGCAAGUGCGUGUCAUAUGAGGGCAGUCCAGCCAACGUGCUGGCUGCUGCCGUGCCGUCGUCUGGCGCUGAGGCGACUGCAGGAGGUGGGCGUGGCCGUGUUGGUGCCGGUGGAAGCCCUCACAGCCACCCCACUCUUCCCCUGCCCCGCUUACCUCCCCCUCCCACUUCCCAUGCCACUCUCUGCAUUCCCUCCUAUCAGCGUCUGGCGCUGAGGCGGCUGCAGGAGGUGGGCGUGGGUGUGCUGGUGCCGGUGGAGGCCCUUGCAGCCGCGCCUCUCCCCAAUGCCGUGGCACUGCUCUCCCUGGAGCAAGCCAAGCUGGGCGUGCACAAGCACCUGCCGCAAGGUGGGUGGUGUUGUUUGCAUGUAUGUGUGCACCGGAGUGCGCUUGCUGCAUCUCCUCCUGCUAGCUCAGUAGCAGCCGCGCCUCUCCACAACGCCGUGGCACUGCUCUCCCUGGAGCAGGCCAAUCUGGGCGUGCACAAGCACCUGCCUCAAGGAGCGGCGCGCUUUGCAGUGAGUGUGAGGGGCGAUGAGAGCGAGGAGGACCUGAAGGCAUUGGUGGGGCUGGACGCGGUGAUGCUGCUGGCACACGUGCCGCCGCAGGCAGAGGACAGCACCGUCAGCCGCGUGCACAGCAGCCGCAGGCUCUUUGAGUUCCUGCAGUCCAAUAACAUCACGACACCUGUCAUCCACCACAUCAGCUUCCCCGAGGGCACGUCCAAGUACGUUACCUCCACCUCUGCCUCGCUCCACCUCUGCCUCGCUCCACCUCUGCCUCGCUCCACCUCUGCCUCGCUCCACCUCUGCCUCGCUCCACCUCUGCCUCGCCAGCCACGGGUAGAAGGACGGUCUGGUGCUGCAGUCAGUGGCGAGUAUGUUCUGAGUCGACUUGAAACACACCUGCUCACUCUUGGUCCUUGCUUACGUGUCUCUCCUUCCCCUCCUCCCCCCCUUCCACUCCUGCACCUGCCGUGCUCUCCUCCUGCAGGGACGAUCUGGUGCUGCAGUCAGGUGCCGAGGCCGGUGGACGGGCUGGGAGACGGAGUGCUGCUGGAGGCGCCAAGCCACGACAUGGAGUUCCUGCGCAACACGUCCUUUGGCAUGCUGCAGGGCUGCCGCAUGAGGAACACCAAGACGGAGUUCGUCUCGUGCCCAUCAUGCGGCCGCACGCUCUUUGACCUGCAGGAGGUGACGGCCUCCAUCCGCGAGCGCACCUCCCACCUCCCUGGCGUUGCUAUUGCCAUCAUGGGGUGCAUUGUGAAUGGGCCGGGUGAGAUGGCGGAUGCUGACUUUGGCUACGUGGGCGGGGCGCCGGGCAAGAUCGACCUCUAUGUCGGCAAGGAGGUGGUACAGCGCGCCAUCCCCAUGGAGGAGGCGACAGACGCGCUGGUGAAGCUGAUCAAGGACCACGGCCGCUGGGUGGAGCCGGCUCAGGAGGAGGAGGCGGCGCAGGCCGUGGCGGCUUGA